UUACACGUCAGUGUCGCGAUUUUCGCUUUUAAGACGCGCAAAUAUCGUGCAGUAUCACACAGAGAUUUCAAACUGACGAUCAAAUGCAAUUCUGAUACGAGACACUGACAAUUAUUGGUAUAAAUGUAUCAGCGAAGGAGACGUGGACCAGGAAUCGGUCUCUUAUUUCUGCUCAGCCAACUUUAUAACAUCGGUUUCAACCGAAUCCCUCCAGUAACACUGUCGUUUAUUGGCGUUAACGUUGCAGUUUACCUUGGACUACUGAAUGAUCUUCCAUCUCUCGGAAAAGCCUGUGUCAGCGCUCAGCACGUCUGGUUUAAUGGCGAGUGGAAAAGACUUCUUUUCGCUGCCUUUUAUCACUUGGAUGACUUUCAUCUGUACUACAAUAUGGCCUCCUUUGUUUGGAAGGGCAUUUCUCUUGAAGGACGAAUGGGCAGCUCGAAAUUUCUGUACAUCUUGGCUGUGUUUACGGUUUUAACAAAUGUAGUGCUUGUAGGUUUAGAUCUCGCCCUAGCAAACAUCACAGGGAACUUCUCCUACAUCCGUACUUGUGCCGCAGGAUUUUCCGGGGUCAUCUUUGCAUUAAAGGUUCUAACAACUUACAAUCUCCCUUCUGGUGUCUCCAUGGUGAUGGGUAUGUUCCCUGUGCCCAUGAGAUGGGCAUGCUGGGCUGAACUGGUUUUGAUACAGCUAUUGUUUCCCAAUGCCUCAUUCACUGGUCACUUAGCUGGAAUUCUUGUGGGACUGAUGUAUGUCAAGGGUCCUUUAAAGUACAUCAUGGAUACAGUGAGUGGAGCAGGUGAGCAUCCUAAGAUUAUACUGCAUCAUAGACAUAAUCUUAUCGUACGUAACAAGCGUUUCCAAUCAAGUCAUAGCGCGUAAGUUAGAACAAGAGCAAAAGAAUGGAAAGGGAGGGGAGAAGGGGAAACGCUCGCCAACAAACCCCACAACCCUGGAAAACAGCCCUUUAUAUUUCAUGGUUCGGUUCAUUUGUAAAUUGACAACUUGCCAAGGUAACAGUCAGUGUAACGUGAAAAACAGAUAAUUAGAUUUGUAAAAUUUACUUUGUUUUUUUUAAAAACAUGCUCCAAUAUUACAGAAAACUAUGUAGCCUGCGAACGGCAGACGUUUCUCCUCGCUCAUCGCCUCUGAGGGACGUUUCACAAGUAGGAACGUCUGCGACUCAAUGACAGAAAUUUCAUACUGAUGACGUAAAUCAAUGUUUACAUAAUAAAUCAAGUAGUCAUGGGUUUCCAAAUGCAAAUUUGUUCAAUUUUACGUUUCUCCUGGUCGAUUUUGGUAAAGUGUUGUGUUGAUCUGCAAACGAGCUCCAGCAAAACUCAAAUGCUUCUUUUAGAGGAGACUAUAUUCCACAAAUAUUGAUUGUUUUGUUAGAGAUUCAUCGCGUUUACAUCUGACCUUUGCAGCCUUUUGUCUUUUGUCUGUUAUUAAUAAACAAUAGCUAACACAAUGAAACUACUCCGUCGACCAAUUAGUGCUUCUGACCGGAUUCUGGACAGAUUUUACAUCAUCAGUAUGGAAUUGCUGUCGUUGAGUCGCAGACGUUCCUCCUCACGAAACGUCCUUCAGCGGCGAUGAGCGAGGAGAAACGUCUGCUGUUUGCAGGCUAAAAACUAUGAUAAAGUAGCUUUAUGAUACAAGGAGGUCGCAACCCGGAUUGAUUGCUGCAGAAUUUUGUGUUGUUUUUUAUUGUCAAGUUACAAGUACAUUUGGAACGUAAGGUGCCUUUAUCUAAUUUGAAACCUUGCCAAAACAUUUCAAAGAAAUGAUUUGUCCAGAACAAUUCACUCCGCUGGCUAUGAAUUUUGCAGAGCGGCUGCUAUCUGGGCCAUGUCGAAAGGUUCUCUACAAUACACGUUGCUACAAAAUUUGCAAUGAACAGAGAAUCUUUUAAUUUCAAAGAGUUGACAAUUCUCUCGUCCCUGGCGGCUUCAGCUAUUGUCAAGUACCAAUGUUCUAUUUACGUUGAUGUUAUCAGAGUUAUCUCCAACAAACAGUCCAUUUUCUUCCCGUCAGAUCAGCACGCUGUCAUUGCCAAUAAAUUGGCCUUCACUAGUCUCCAUUGCUUGAUCUCCAAUUAUACUUUGAAGAGGCAAAAUAAACAACAUUGCUAGCAAGGCCUUCUUUCAGCUCAGAUCUGACAAACCUUGGCACAAACACGAUUCAAAUAAAUGUCAGUCCAAGGCAUUUUUUAAAAAUCUGCGACCAGAGAUCAAAUCAGGCCAAUCUGCGAUGCACAUAGACAAGAAAUAUCUGGUUUGAUUGAUGUAUGGAUAGCUAUUUAAUCAACACUACCAGCCAAGCACCAAUCAGAAGCUGUGUUCAUGGGCGAAUGCAGUUUUUUAAAAUCGUGGAGUUUGUGGGCAAACGUUUCCUUCUCUCCCUUCCCCCUCCCCCUCCCCCUUCAUUCCUCUUUUUUGCUCUCAUCUUAACUUUCUUGAAGAACUUGCAAGGAAACGCUUGCUAUGCAGGCUAAAAUUUAAUAAGGUUUUAGAUUCAUCGCUGCAUUCCCAUAUGUAUAAUAUGAGCACUGAAUUCUCAUGCAAGGCAGUUAUGAAAUUUCUGCCAGCUUUAUUAAUAUAACAAAUUCUUGAAUUUGAUGUAAAUGUCUUCAAAGAGAUUUUGUCCAUUCAAAGAUUUUCAAUUUUACCAAACAAACAAACCCUUUCUGUUUUAUCAGGCUCUGGUGUAACACGGCGAAUGAGACAGUCCUACACGUAUCAUGCGGGAGCAACAGGUAAGAAAAAACUCACAGACAUUAGCCCGUCUGUCAACUUACAGGGCUGUAGCUAGGUUUUUUUAUAACGGAGGGGUGUGGUCAAAGGCACAAACCUUGUAGGGGGUGGGGUCUUUUCAAAUUUGGAGGCCCCGAAAUGCUAUUUUCAGCACUUGUCAUGAGAUAUGUCUCCCACAAGGCUGGCAUUUUCAGUGCUUACAAGUGCUUAUUUCCGAGGUCCUGUUAAUUUAAAUCACACUGUAUAUCCAAGCACCAGUACACUAGACAUUUCACACUACUGCAUGAUGUUUGGUUAACUAACCUAUAAAAGAUGUUUCUACUCGCUGCUAGACUAGUUCCUGGCUGUGCCAUUACAGGCACUCUCGGUAAAUUAGAAUGAACUUUGCAAAUGGUACAUUUAGUACAUAUACACGCCAAUUUCAAUAGGGGGUUUUACUUUCUUUUGCUUACUAUUUGCACACACCGUGGACCAACCAAUUUCUUGGCCAUGAAAGUGGCAAACAAUAAUUGCAAGUCACAAUCAAAAUAACUGAGUCUAAAGAAAACAAAUUCAUCAACAGACUUGAUUUGUCUGGCUCAACAGGUCCAGAUGGGUGGGUAGCUGCCCCCCCCCCCUAGCUAAGGCUCUGACCUCUGACUCAGGUCUAAUCAUAGUUAGUAGACUAACUAUGGUCUAAUGCAGGUCAUAUAAUUUUUUUUUUUUCUGGGGGGGGGGCAUUCAACUUUUGAAAGGAAUGAAAAUUAAAAUCUCAACCCCAGGGAUGUAGAUAAUAGCUGGGAGCCGGGGAAAAUACGUGGCUGUCAAUGUGAUUUUUCCAGCCUAAAAAAAUGCAGUCUUCUCAUAUUACCUGCCCAUAAAAUGUCAUUUCCCAUCUGUUAUGAAUUUUAGCUACAUCCCUGCACCCUCGCACCUGCCAUGAAGAAUCUUUUGGUCUCACAGAAUAGUAACAAUGCUGUAAAAUAUUGUUUAAAAUUUACUUUUUCUAUGUAAAAGUCAGCAAAGGCUUCCCAAGUUAAAACUUCCUACUCAAACGAGUUAUUGCCUCAGAGUUGACUAAUGAAGAGUUUGCCAUCUGAUCCUGGCAUGAAAAACAUGUCAUGUUAUAUUUUGAACCUUGGUGCCACAAGUUUUAUUACCUAAAAUUGUGCCCAUCCCAGAAGUUUUUUAAAUCAUGGACGUGGAUAAUUUCAGUCAUCCUAGGUAUUUUGGAAAGAGACCUUUGAAGCCAGAGUAGCCCAAAGUACUCAAGACCUAAUUCAAGAAAAAUUCCAAUUUUUCAGUAAAAUACUAGAAAAGCAAAAGGUACCAGGUUAUGUACUGUUGAAAAGGUUUCAUUUUAAUGGUCACACCAAAAGAUUUGUUCAUAAUACCAAAAAAAAAACCAUUAUUUAGUUUAUUACAUGUCCAGAACUAAAUCUACAGAUAAAAAGGCUUAAGACGUGUCUUGCCUUGCAGGUCGCAGGCGUUAUUCAACUCAUUCAAGUGAUUCUGAAGAUGAGGACCUACGUCAGGCCAUCAGAGCAAGUCUCAGAGAAACACACAUGAACCGUCCCCCAUCUUUAGAUGACUAUGAUCCAGGCAUACAGUCUGCAAUUAGAGAGAGCCUUGAUGACGCUGGAGGGGAACCUUCCAGGUGGUCCAACAACCCAGGGCCUCAAAGGCGAGGACCAUCAUCAAGAUCACCACCUUACCCCACUGGAGGGUACAACUCUCCUGGAAUUGGUUCAAGUUCACAUACACCAGUCUACCCCACACAUCAAGACAGCCUCUAUCCUAGAAUUCCACGCAACCCUCCAUCUUACAUUGAUGGACAGUUUUCAUAUCCCCAACCCUACCCCCUACAAGGGGAAGGACUGUAUCCGAGAGUACAACCAGAACCAUCAGCUCCCCCAGUAGAACAAGGCAUGAAUGGAUACCCAGGUGGAACGUUACCUUACCCUUCUGGGAGCCGAAUGCCUGAACUAGACAGUGUGGACGAAAUUCGGAGAAGAAGGAUUCAGCGAUUUGAAAACUAAACCUGAAGGACUCUUCUGUGUAAAUUUUUGCACAAGGAACCAUCUUCUUUCCCAGGGCAUCUUGUCAACCAACGUGACAACCCAAGAGGGGACAAGAGAAGAGUCACCCUAACAACCCGGAUGCAAAGAGAUCUACAAUCUACUCUUUACUGUAAUGGACGUUCGAGUUGUGGGGACUCGGUUGUGAAAAUGUUCCUGGCUACUGUAGUACAUUUUUGAUCAUGCAGCUUUGUUGCACAUGGUUUGAACAAUGCCGCAAAGAUUGCUUACUGUAAUGUGUAUUGAUCACCCCUUGAAAGCGACCUGCCUCUAUUUUGUUCCUAAAAUCUAUCUGUAGUGCUUAGAAUGCUGGGUGUCCUCUGGGAUGAAGCUCAGCUCGUAAAAACAAAUGAAUUCAAAUAGAGUGUACUAUUUAUCACGUUUAUAACACAAGGGGUAGCUAUCUCAAACGCAAAAUGAGAGUUUAAUGAACGGCAUCAAAACGUGUUCUGUAGAGCUAUAAAUAUUUAUUUCAAUGAUCCUUUGGUUUUCGGAUAAUUUUGUCCGCAAAAGUGUAGCUAAAAACUUCACCGUGGUUAUCAGAUUAAAAGUAACCAUUUAACAUGGAAUUCCCUUUGUUCUUUGCUUAUAAAUUAUUACUAACUGUG